UCGUGCCGCGAAGUCGUUAGCACAGCACUUAUUGUUGCAACUGCGACCGAAUAAUUGGCUUGACAGCAGUUGAAAUUCGUAGUGAAAAGUGAACUCCACCUGGCAAAGGACUCUCCGAAGAGCCACCGAGGAAUCAAAGUGCAAUUAAGGAUAAUAAGCCCCUGCGGAAAAGGAGCAUCCAGCGAGGCAACCAAACCAUUUUUGGUAAAAGCCGAAGUUGGAGCCGAACUGCCAAUGAAAAGACUGAACUGAACUGAAGAACCAACCAAGGACCAAACGAGGAAAUGUUUUAGGAGCAGCAGCUGCAGCACUGCGAUAAGGGAAGAGCCGCACUAACCCUCAUCAUAAACAUAACCAUCGGCCAGACGAAGUCGCAAUGUUUCUGCCCGUUAAAUCAAAUCACUCCGGCGAGGCCAGUGGCAACAACGAGGAUGUCACCACCACCAGCAACAACUCCACACAAACGCCCAGCGAUCUGAGCCCACCGGGACCCAACGAAGAGGUCCUUCCCCAGGCGCACCACCAGAAUCCGGGCCACUGCAUCGCCUCCUUCGCAGCCAUCAACCAGAUGAGGAACAACGCACAGCUCUGCGAUGUUCGCCUGGAGGUGGGCGGCGACACCAUCAACGCCCAUCGAGUGGUCCUGGCCUCCGUGUCGCCCUAUUUCUAUGCGAUGUUCAACGACGACAUGCUGGAGCGAACCCAGGGACUGGUCCGCCUGCACGACGUGGACAGCUCUGCGCUGCGGCAGCUGAUCGACUACACCUACACCGGCGAGAUCACGAUCACCGAGCAGAACGUGCAGGUGCUGCUGCCGGCCUCCGGGUUGCUGCAGAUGCACUCCGUGCGGGAUGCGUGCUGCAAGUUCCUGCUGCGCCAGCUUCACCCCUCCAACUGCCUGGGCAUCCGCAGCUUCGCGGACGCCCACUCCUGCAAGGAGCUCCACACGCGAUCCCACAAGUACGCCCUGCAGAACUUCCAGCAGGUGGUGGGCACCGAGGAGUUCCUGCUGCUGCCCUUCGAGGAGGUUCGCGAGCUCAUCUCCAACAGUCAGCUGAACAUUAGCUCCGAGGAGCGAGUCUUCGCCGCCGUCAUCAACUGGGUGAGACACGAUCUAGCCACCCGGAGACAACACAUUGCCGAGCUGAUGUCCAAUGUCCGGCUUCCACUGGUCAGCCGCGAUUUCCUCAUGAGCUGCGUGGAAACAGAGACGCUUAUGCGGGAUGACUCCGAGUGCAAGGAGCUGCUCCUGGAGGCCAUGAAGUACCAUCUGUUGCCGGAGCAGCGCAGCAUUAUGGCCAGCCAGAGGACGCAGGAGCGUCGGCCGGAGGGCAUGAAGCCCUACGUAUUCGCGGUUGGAGGAGGCAGUCUCUUCGCCAUCCACAACGAGUGCGAGGUGUACAAUCCGCGGUCGAACUCCUGGAGUCCAGUGGCUCCCAUGCUGUGGCGGCGAUCCCGGUCCGGUGUGACGUCUCUGCACAAGCAGCUGUAUGUGGUCGGAGGCUACGACGGAGUCAGCGACCUGGCCACGGCGGAGAGCUAUAAUCCGCUGACCAACAAGUGGACCAACAUAACUCCAAUGGGUACAAAGCGCAGCUGCCUGGGAAUCUGCUCCUACGAUGCUCUGAUCUACGUUUGCGGUGGCUACGACGGCGCCUCCUGCCUGAGCAGCAUGGAGCGCUACGAUCCGCUGACCGGUAUCUGGAGUUCCUGUCCGGCGAUGAGCACGAGGAGAAGGUAUUGCCGACUGGCCGUGCUGGAGAACUGUAUCUACAGCCUGGGAGGCUUCGAUUCCACCAACUACCAGUCGAGCGUCGAGCGGUUUGAUCCCAGGGUGGGUCGCUGGCAGCCGGUGCCCAGCAUGACGGCCCGCAGAAGCAGCUGCGGAGUGGCCUCCACCGAUGGACACCUGUACUGCAUUGGUGGUAAUGACGGCACCAUGUGCAUGUCCAGCGGAGAGCGGUUUAAUCUGCGCAGGAACAGCUGGGAGCCCAUUGCAGCCAUGCACUCUCGCAGAUCCACCCAUGAAGUAGUCGAGGUGGAAGGCGCCCUCUUCGCCCUGGGCGGCAACGACGGCAGCUCCUCGCUGAACUCCGUGGAGCGCUACGAUCCGCGGCUAAACAAGUGGAGCGUGGUCAACGCCAUGGUGGCCCGCCGCAGCUCCGUGGGCGCCGCUGUCCUGGAAUGCUUCCAUCUGGAGCGCGGGCUGGUGCAGACGACGAACUUAUGA